AUGCAACUGCCCUCGCGUCUUUCUAAUGCUCGUCUCUACUCAUCCCACAAGGAGAUCAGCUUUGGCAUCGAGGGUCGCGCAAAGCUGCUCAAGGGUGUUGAGGUUCUUGCCAAGGCUGUCGCCGUCACUCUCGGUCCCAAGGGACGCCACGUCCUUAUCGGUCAACCUUAUGGUAGCCCCAAGAUCACCAAGGACGGAGUCACUGUCGCAAAGUCGAUCACCCUCGAGGAUCCUUUCGAGAAUCUCGGAGCUAAAUUAAUUCAGGACGUUGCAAACAAGACUAAUGAGACAGCUGGAGAUGGAACUACCACGGCUACCGUCCUCACUCGCGCCAUCUUUGCUGAGGGUGUCAAGAAUGUCGCUGCUGGGUGCAACCCUAUGGAUCUUCGCAAAGGAGUUCAGAUGGCAGUGGAUGCCGUUGUCGACUUUUUGCGCGAGAACAAACGCGAGAUUACUACUACUCAGGAAAUUGCUCAGGUCGGUACUAUCUCUGCUAACGGCGAUAAGGCCAUUGGUAACCUAUUGGCCCAGGCCAUGGAGAAGGUUGGUAAAGAGGGUGUUAUCACCGUCAAGGAUGGCAAGACUACUGAGGAUGAGCUCGAGAUCACUGAGGGUAUGCGUUUCGACCGCGGUUACAUUUCACCCUACUUCGUAACUGAUACGAAAACCCAAAAAGUCGAGUUUGAGAAGCCUCUCAUCCUCCUUUCAGAGAAGAAGAUCUCUGUCCUUCAGGACAUUCUUCCUGCUCUUGAAGCCGCCGCCACUCAGCGUCGCCCACUCCUCAUCAUUGCUGAGGAUAUUGAUGGUGAAGCGCUCGCUGCUACCAUCCUCAACAAGCUCCGUGGUCAGUUGCAGGUUGCUGCUGUCAAGGCCCCUGGAUUCGGUGACAAUCGCAAGUCUAUUCUCGGCGACCUUGCUACUUUGACCGGUGGUGUCGUCUUCUCGGACGAGCUCGAUGUCAAGUUGGAGCGUUUGACCCCUGAUCUUUUGGGAACUGUUGGUUCUAUCACGAUUACCAAAGAAGACACCAUCUUGAACGGCACUGGCGCAGGUUCAACUGAAGCUAUUGCUCAGCGUUGCGAGCAGCUCCGUUCUUUGAUUGCUGACCCUAGCACCUCAGAUUACGAGCGUGAGAAGCUUGAGGAACGUCUCGCUCGUCUUAGUUCAGGUGUUGCCAUCAUUCGUGUUGGAGGACAGAGCGAAGUUGAGGUUGGGGAGAAGAAGGACAGGAUUGUUGAUGCUUUGAAUGCAACUAAGUGCGCAGUGGACAGCGGUGUCCUUCCUGGCGGUGGCACAGCUUUGCUCAAAUCUUUAAAGGUUCUUGAGAAAUUGAAGGGCGAGAAUUUUGAUCAGCAGCUUGGAAUCAAUAUCAUCCGCUCUGCCAUUCAGGUUCCUUCCAAGACCAUUAUCUCGAACGCUGGUGGGGAGGGUGCUGUUGUGAUCGCAAAGGUUGUCGACAACGACAACUUCCACUAUGGUUAUGAUGCCUCGAAUGGAGAAUAUGGUGACAUGUAUGCCCGUGGUGUUCUUGAUCCCUUUAAGGUUGUUGUCACUGGUCUCAAGGAUGCUGCAGGUGUUGCCAGCUUGUUGAGCACUUCCGAAGCCAUGAUUGUCGAUGCUCCUAGCAGUGAUAAGGGCCCAAUGGGUGGUAUGGGCGGCAUGGGUGGCAUGGGUGGCAUGGGCGGUAUGGGUGGUAUGAUGUAA